CAUGGUUAUUUAAAAAUGGCGGACACAACGUCUUCCGAUACUACCUCAGAGUAUCCUGAUGACAAUUUAUCCGAUACCGACAUAUCUGCAGAACGUCAGGCACGUUUUGUUGUUGUUGGUCAACGAAAUACAAGUUGUGGAAGUAACAGUGGAAGACACUUUUUGAAGAAAUUGUUUACCAGAGAAAUUAGGGGAUGUCUGUCGCAGCACAACUAUUUUCCAGAAGAGAGAUUGUUCACAAAAGUUCCAUCAUGGGGUCAUCUGCCUCUGACCCAUGUCAUUCCAAUGUCAGCACUCCAAGCUGGACACAUUGUCAUGGGCCUGACGCAGUGCGGCCAGUUUCUUCUGACAUACACCUGCAGCAUGGACCUAAGGGUGUACGGAUCCCUCUACAAAUACCUCCUGCACUGGUGGGCAUUCUCGCCCACGCGAUUCGCUCGAAAAGUCGCAGAAGUCACUCUCUUCGGGAGCUACACGAUAAGCAAAGAGUUGGACGUUGUGGUUGCCCAGUGGCCCAUGGAGAGAAACAAAAUUGUGAUACAUGGAUUGCAUGCUGACUGGGGAAAUUCUCAGACGACGGAUCGGGCUUAUCUGACUGUUACUACACUACCCUCGUUAAGUAAUUGUCGAGAGUGUGCUAAAGUGGCAGCUUCUUAUGAAGAAGAAGAAUUGGCAGCCAAUUGGGACGGUUGUGUUCGCUGUAACUGUCUCCUCCACGGUCUAACCGUUCACACGACCUACGAAGUAAUCUCCCCGUAUCCCAGAUUUCGCGCCUCAGUAUGCCUAAACUACCAGAAUCACGUAGUCGUGAACACUGGAAAUUUUCUCCAUGUCCUGCGAGUGGAUCUGUUCGUGCCUAAACGAAAGAACAUUCGUAACAAUUCCAGUGAUAUGAGCGACAUGGUGCCUCUAGAAACGAGUGACGUCGACGAUCUGGACGACACGAGGACCGAAUGCUACAAUAAUUCAUCUGAUAAACUUUACACACUGGAGUCGUCCGAGGCAUCUCCUGUCUCUGCCUACACCGAGGAUCUCAAUAAAUCCUGUGAUUGUGCUAAUACUAAUGAUUGUGAGUGUGGUAAAAAUAGUAGCAACAGUGUUUACGAACAGAAACCAAUUUCAGUGAGGGAUAAGAUACUUCAGGACUUCUGCGACGAUGUCAAUCAGGAGUUGAGUAUUGGGAGUGAUUCGAUUACUCUGGUCAAACAUGCUUCUUGCUCUCCAAGAUCAACCCCCCAAAGGCUCCCAGUGGAUUCCCGUCAGUGUCAAAUCCUGAUGCCCCCCUCGGACAUUCUCCGAACGCGAACCGAAUCUAGUCAUUCAAAUACCCGUAAACGUCCAGUCUCCCCCCAACCAGGUACCUCCCAGGAUCCAACCAUCACCGUAACAUCAAUAAACUCUCCCUUACACAUCCUCUCGAUAUCCCCAGUCCCUUGUUCCCCACGUCUGAUGUCGCCCCCGAUAAUAACCGCCUCCUUCCGCCACCCUAGUCCUCGAAAACGUUCGAGUCUGCAUUCCCCACCGCCGCGUACCCGAGCAACCCACAAACUCACUCUCGAAGCCGAGAAAGCCUACGAGUUCACCGAUGACACCCAAGAGACAUGCGAGAAACUCAGUUCCUUCAGGAAACGACGGCUUGCGGAUAAAAAAUACGAGUUCAGAGUCGAGGCUGAGGAUACGGAGAAUAUCAUUCCAUUCAAGCACAUCAGGGAUCAGAAUGAGCAUAGGUAUUGCUCUGCUCAUCGGUACACCUCCAGGGAGAGCAGUCCAGCUUAUUCGGGGAACAAGAAAAUUCAACAUGAUGACAGUGAGACGGAGGAUAAUGGCAGUCUCGAGGCGUUUCAUGGGAGUUUCAAGCCCAUUGAGUCUGGAAAAACAGUUCUCCAACCCUUGAGCCUCAACCAACGUAUGUACAACAUAAUGUUCUGUCGUGAUCGUUACAUGACAGUGAUGCACAAUGAUUCCCCCUUGGCACCCAGAGCUUUCAUUCCCCAGCCCACGAUAAAAUGCACAACUCAUUUUAAGAGGAGCUAUAUUGAGCUCGAUGACGAAAUGAUAUCUGUGAUCACUGACGUUGAGGAUGACGAGACUGGGGGUUACGUCAGUUAUCAAUGUGUGCUUCCAAUGCAUGUUCAUGGAUCGGGUUACGUGCAGAUGCAGAUGAUUAGUAAUGGUAAAGCCGAGAGAAUGGCAUUACCUCACGUGUCGAUAAAUCAAUUUAGUUUCGAUAUUGAGACAUUUUCCCAUCACAUUGCUGAUUGGAUAUGUCGGAGGUUCAAGAAAAAAUACUGGCACUGCAGUGAUUACGACAUAGAGAUCAUCGACGUUUGCUCAAUAACAGGAGAUGUUAUUUGUUUGUUAAUUAUGAAAAUUCAGGCCAGCGAAUACUGCAAACAACCAAAUUGUUUGCAGGAGCGAAAGAUGUACGAAGCAGGUUGCAAAUACAUAUGGAACAUCGAUACAAAUCAAUACAAGAUAACCCAUAUUCUUCCCAUGACAGAAAAGUCAGGCAAGAAUGGGGGAAUGGAGCUAUCGACAACACCCAGUCCAUUGUGGAACCCUACUCGUUAUCUAGUGCCAUUAUUAAGGAAGAGAAGUAAUCAGCAUUAUGCAAGACCUGUGAGAUUCCUAGAGCAUUCGAUGAGCUUUUCAACGGAUUCAUUGGUGCAAAUUCUGGACAGGGAUAACUUGGUCUCCCUCUACAUGACUGCAAUACCUGAUGAGACAGGACCAGACUGAAAGUACUACGCGAAAAUCCACAACUACCCCGCAAUCAUUGAAGUACAAUAGUUUAAACGAAUGAAAAAUGGACAUAAAUUAUGAAUUACAUUUAUUGAAGGCAAAAAAAACGAUAUUUAUAAAUUUAAUAAUGAGAUGUGAAAUAAUGACUUGUGCUUACGCUCAGACUGAGAGGAAUACGAAAUUGAUUUCGUCUUCAAUGAAUCAAAUAUCUAUUUUUAUUUCACCCUCUACUGCAACAACGAAUUCAA